UAUGGGUCCCUUGCUCUUUGCGCACCCCCCCGCACGGCACCCCCGGGGGGCCCCGAGCGUGGACGGGGAACAGCCCCCCCAAGCCACGCCCCCUCCACCUCCUCUUUUCCGGGGUUGUUUUACGACACCGCCGCGGUCGCGCUUUACGGCAGCGAGACACGCCGUGCGCAACCUUUAAUGGCCGAUCGGGACCCCCCAAAAAAGGAAGAGGACGAGGAAACCCCACAGGAAAACAAUGACGAAGAUGAAGAUGAAGAUAAUGAUGAAGAUGAGGAUGAAGACGAAGCCCAAGGGGGUCCCGGAAUCCAUAGGGCGCCCCCUAUAGGGCGGGAGGACCCCCGGGUGAUCCCGGGGGUGCUUUACUUGCCUUGUCCCCCUAUAGGAUUCGGACCCCGUCAAGUUCGGGCCAUGUUGAGACCCUAUGGGGAGAUCGGGAGGGUGUUCUUCCAACCAAGGGACGGCCGAGUCCGGCGCCGGCGCCGCCGCCCGCAGCCCCAGAUCAAUGGGGCCGCCCCAUAUACCGAGGGCUGGGUGGAAUUUCGGGACAAACGAGCGGCCAAACGAGCGGCCAAGAUGCUCAAUGGGGCCCCAAUGAGCCCCCGGCCCCGCAGCCCCUUCAGACACCACCGCUGGAGCAUCAAGUACCUGCCCGGGUUCCGCUGGCCGCACCUGAGCGAGCGCCUGAGCUACGAGCGCCAGGUUCAAGUUCAACGGCUACGGGCCGAGGUGGCUCAAGCCAAGCGCGAGGGGGCGUUCCACACCCGCCCCCCCCCCAAAACCCCCCCGCGACCCCCCUCACCCCGCCCCCCCCACCUGGGGGUUCACACAACGAGCCACCGAGGAAGAAAUUUGGGGUACAAAAGCUCGACCCCCCCCCAAAAAACCACCCAGGAGCCUCUUGGAAAAGGUGUUUGGGGGGAAGGGUUGAGCCACCCGGAUGCCUGGGUCCCUUUUUUGGGGGGAUUUGGGGUCAUUUUGGGGGGUUUAUGGGGGUUAAUGGGUCCGUUAUUGGGGUCUCCCGGACGCCUGGGUCCCUUAUUUGGGGUCUCCCGGACGCCUGGGUCCCUUUUUGGGGGGAUUUGGGGUCAUUUUGGGGGGUUUAUGGGGGUUAAUGGGUCCCUUAUUUGGGGUCUCCCGGACGCCUGGGUCCCUCUCCCGGACGCCUGGGUCCCUUUUGUGGGGGGAUUUGGGGUCAUUUUGGGGGGUUUAUGGGGGUUAAUUGGUCCCUUAUUGGGGUCUCCCGGACGCCUGGGUCCCUUAUUUGGGGGGAUUUGGGGUCAUUUUGGGGGGUUUAUGGGGGUUAAUGGGUCCGUUAUUGGGGUCUCCCGGACGCCUGGGUCCUCUCCCGGACGCCUGGGUCCCUUUUUGGGGGGAUUUGGGCUCAUUUUGGGGGGUUUAUGGGUCCUUAUUUGGGGUCUCCCGGAUGCCUUGGUCCCUUAUUUGGGGAUUACCCGGACGCCUGGGUCCCUUUUAUGGGGGGUCUCCCGGACGCCUGGGUCCCUCUCCCGGACGCCUGGGUCCCUUAUUUGGGGUCUCCCGGACGCCUGGGUCCCUUUUUGGGGGGAUUUGGGGUCAUUUUGGGGGGUUUAUGGGGGUUAAUGGGUCCCUUAUUUGGGGUCUCCCGGACACCUGGGUCCCUUAUUUGGGGUCUCCCGGACGCCUGGGUCCCUUAUUUGGGGCACCCGGACGCCUGGGUCCCUCUCCCGGACGCCUGGGUCCCUUUUGUGGGGGGAUUUGGGGUCAUUUUGGGGGGUUUAUGGGGGUUAAUUGGUCCCUUAUUGGGGUCUCCCGGACGCCUGGGUCCCUUAUUUGGGGGGAUUUGGGGUCAUUUUGGGGGGUUUAUGGGGGUUAAUGGGUCCGUUAUUGGGGUCUCCCGGACGCCUGGGUCCCUUUUUGGGGGGAAUUUUGGGUCAUUUUUGGGGUUUAUGGGGGUUAAUUGGGGUUAAUGGGUCCCUUAUUUGGGGUCUCCCGGACGCCUGGGUCCCUUAUUUGGGGUCUCCCGGACACCUGGGUCCCUCUGCCGGACGCCUGGGUCCCUUAUUUGGGGUCUCCCGGACGCCUGGGUCCCUCUCCCGGACGCCUGGGUCCCUUAUUUGGCGAUUACCCGGACGCCUGGGUCCCUUUUGUGGGGGGAUUUGGGGUCAUUUUGGGGGUUUAUGGGGGUCAAUGUGUCCCUUAUUGGGGUCUCCCGGACGCCUGGGUCCCUCUCCCGGACGCCUGGGUCCAUUAUUUGGGGGGAUUUGGGGUCAUUUUGGGGGUUUAUGGGGGUUAAUGGGUCCCUUAUUUGGGGGUCUCCCGGACGCCUGGGUCCCUUUUUGGGGGGAUUUGGGGUCAUUUUGGGGGUUUAUGGGGGUCAAUGUGUCCCUUAUUGGGGUCUCCCGGACGCCUGGGUCCCUUUUUGGGGGUAUUUGGGGUCAUUUUGGGGGGUUAAUUGGGGUUAAUGGGUCCCUUAUUUGGGGUCUCCCGGACGCCUGGGUCCCUUAUUUGGGGUCUCCCGGACGCCUGGGUCCCUUAUUUGGGGUCUCCCGGACGCCUGGGUCCCUUUUUGGGGGGAUUUGGGGUCAUUUUGGGGGGUUUAUGGGGGUUAAUGGGUCCGUUAUUGGGGUCUCCCGGAUGCCUGGGUCCCUUAUUGGGGUCUCCCGGACGCCUGGGUCCCUCUCCCGGACGCCUGGGUCCCUUAUUUGGGGUCUCCCGGAUGCCUGGGUCCUUUAUUUGGGGUCUCCCGGACGCCUGGGUCCCUUUUUGGGGGGAAUUUUGGGUCAUUUUGGGGGUUUAUGGGGCUUAAUUGGGGUUAAUGGGUCCGUUAUUGGGGUCUCCCGGACGCCUGGGUCCCUUAUUUGGGGAUUACCCGGACGCCUGGGUCCCUUUUUUGGGGGGAUUUGGGCUCAUUUUGGGGGUUUAUGGGGGUCAAUGGGUCCCUUAUUGGGGUCUCCCGGACGCCUGGGUCCAUUAUUUGGGGUCUCCCGGACGCCUGGGUCCCUUUUUGGGGGGAUUUGGGGUCAUUUUGGGGGGUUUAUGGGGGUCAAUGGGUCCGUUAUUGGGGUCUCCCGGACGCCUGGGUCCCUUAUUUGGGGUCUCCCGGACGCCUGGGUCCCUUUUUGGGGGGAUUUGGGGUCAUUUUGGGGGGUUUAUGGGGGUUAAUGGGUCCGUUAUUGGGGGCUCCCGGACGCCUGGGUCCCUUAUUGGGGUCUCCCGGACGCCUGGGUCCCUUAUUUGGGGUCUCCUGGACGCCUCGGUCCCAUUUUGGGGGGAUUUGGGGUCAUUUGGGGGGUUUAUGGGGGUUAAUGGGUCCCUUAUUGGGGUCUCCCGGACGCCUGGGUCCCUCUCCCGGACGCCUGGGUCCCUUUUUAUUUCCCCUAAAUAAAUCGAAUUUUGGUGAA